CCUGUGGCACAUCUAAAAGCUGCAGGACAGCGGCCCUUGAGGACUGGAGUUUGACACCUCUCCUCUACAAGGUUUACAUUCAGCUGGAAGAAAACUGAAUCAGACAAUUUCCAUUCAUGUUCAAACCAAAUGAAUUUCUUAUAAUGAAUUUGGUCAGAUGGUUGUAUGUAGGCUGUUUUAUAAACAUCUCAUUUAAAAACUUGAUUUUUUAAAAUAGAAGUCCAACAAAGAUCACAGAAUGUAGCUGAAUGGUGGGUUUGUGUAAAGGUCGCCACCCUUUAAUUGUAAUUUUAAUGAAAGUACCCUACUAACAUAACUGCCGAAUCACAAGCUGAUGUUGGAACAACUACAAAGACGAUCUUUGACCGAUUUUUUUUUUUUUAAUCAAAUCUAAAUUUUCCUCCUCCCCCGAAAAUGCAUGAACAAAAUUUUCCAGUGAUGUAGAAAUUGAUCAAAAGAAAUUCUUUUAGUUUUCAGAUGAUGAAAGGCGUUUUGAGGUUUUGGACGUCUUGCAGCUGUUAUCAGUGACAAAUCUGUGGACUGGCGUUUAUUUUUGACACCCCAGGUUUUGACACCUGUCUUUGCUUGAGUUAAAAGGCAGAAUAGGACAACUUGCUGUUCAACUCAAUACUGAAGACUGAUGGGAAUCUUGUCAGUCCUGUUGUCCUGAGUGAUUGAGGAAUGUGUAAGGUAUCUGGAUUUUAAAUGUUUGUUUUUGUUGUUUUUACCUCCUUAGUUUGUGUGUCACCAUUCAUUAGAGAUAAGCGUUUUUUAAUCAUGUACCUCUAGUUUUACAUCAUGCAGCGUUUUUCCUAAUCCACGUAAGGAGUUGAGAUAUUGGCAGGUUUUCCAACCAGACACAUUCAGCAAACAUUUAUGUCUACACAUUUAAGUUUUAAAAGUCCAAACACGAGGAGGCGUCAUGUCCUGAAUGUCUGGAACGUGGACAUGGAGUCAGGUCUACAAUGGGUGUGAAAGGAGUUGCCUUUCAGAAGAUGUGUGCUGUUGAUUCUUAUGUUGCUGUAAGUCAGAACAUUUUGGGUUUUUUCCAAAUUGAUUGAUGAGACGUAACACCCAAGAGUUCAAAACCAUGUCCCAAAUCUUUAAGUGUAAAGAGCUCAUACUUGUAUGAUACAUUUAUUACAAAUUUGAUUUAUUUUUUUAUGUCUUUUCUUUCACUAAUGUACUUUUUAUGGCCAAAUGAAGUUAAGUUUUUGAUCAGUUCCUCAUUUGAGCACUUAAGUCAUAUUACACAAAUAUUGUUUUUUAGAAAGUGCAAAAUUUAUGAAAUUGUAAUAAAACACAUUUUCUUUUGAACUUUUUACAUGAAAUGUUGACACUGACAGGUUGUUGUAUGACUGGUUUCUGGCAACUAAAGGCAUCAGGCUGACACUUUAAAUUGUUCACGCCCAGUGAGUUUCCCAGGUAUUGUUCAGUAUUUCAGGAAGCCAUAUAGAAAUUUUGGUUUAAUACAGAAACCAGACUCAAGCUUCUAGCAAUAAGAUUUUCAUUUGAAAAUAAGAUUACUUUUAGUCUAAAUGUUUUGUUAGAUAAAUUUUAUUGAAAUAGAAAAAGCUGACAGCACUGCUGAGACUGAUUAAAUAAUGUGUUAUUGCAGGUUAAGGAUUGUUAUUGGGGAAAUUUCCAUAAGUAUGGAGUCUAUUAAGGUAGAAAGUGUGUCCGAUGGGUGGAGGAGCCACCAGGCUGUACAACACCCUGACUCAGACGUUCAGCGGCAGCAGCUCCCCUCUGUCCAUCCCGCCAUCCUACCUGAGCCCCCACCAGCCCGCUCUUACCAACCUGGAUUCAGAUUUCUGCCUGCAGCAGAAGAGCGCCCCGAUAUGCCCCCUUGAUCCAGUGGAGCUGCUUCAGCAGUGUGAAGAGGCCCUCAGGGACCGACCUCCUCACCUGCAUAGAAACUUUGUCUACAUCAAUAAUGGAGACGACAUUGCCAGCAUCCCCAUCAGGGUGAUGCAGUGGAACAUCCUAGCCCAAGCUCUGGGCGUAGGAGUUGACAACUUUGUCCGGUGUCCCUUGGAGGCCCUCAGUUGGUCCCGAAGGAGGAGCCUCAUCCUGGAGGAGAUUCUGGCCUACCGACCUCACAUCCUGUGUCUGCAGGAAGUAGACCACUACUAUGACACCUUCCAGCCGGUUUUGGCGAAUCUGGGGUACAGCAGCCAUUUCUAUCCGAAACCCUGGUCUCCAUGCCUGGACAUAGAAGGCAACAGCGGUCCUGAUGGUUGUGCCCUCUUCUUUGAUGAGUCCCGAUUCGAGCUCCUGGACAGUGUGAACAUCAGACUCUCUGCCAUGAUGAUCCCCACAAAUCAAGUUGCUGUGGUGACGACUCUGCGUUGUCGGAGCAGUGGAAGGUAUGUAUGCGUCGCUGCGACUCACCUAAAAGCCCGAUCUGGCUGGGAGUGGUUCCGCAGCGCUCAGGGGUCGGACCUCCUCUGGCACCUUCAGAAUCUGGUCCAGAAGCUCGUUGGCGGCAACUCCAACGUCAAAGUCCCCCUGCUGAUUUGUGGCGAUUUCAACGCAGUCCCGUCGGAGGAAGUAUACCGACGCUUCGCCACUUCCCCUCUAGGUUUGGACUCUGCUUAUAAGAAGCUCAGUCAGGACGGCGUAAGUGAGCCGGAGUACACGACAUGGAAGAUCCGGGGCACCGGGGAGUGCUGCUGCACGCUGGACUACAUCUGGUACACUAAAGACACACUGAGAGUGGACGCUGUCCUGGACAUCCCAGACGAGGAGCAAAUCGGACCCAACAGGCUUCCAUCCUACAGCUAUCCAUCCGACCACCUCUCUCUGGUUUGCGACUUCAGCUUCAGGGAGAAGGAAUAAGAGGCUGGCUCAUCGAUGGGAAAUGUUGAUUCCUUGGACCGAGGGGUUCUCCCUCGCUGCUUCACUCCACAGAAAGCCUGGAAGCCGAAUGUGAGUGAACGGGUGAAGAUGAGAAGACAGGAGGCCUCGAGUGUGAAGUGACUGAAAUGUUGCAGUGUUGAGGUUGAAGAGAUAAAUGCAUCGCGAGUCUUCCUGCCUGAACUAAGUCUGCACCAGCUGAUCGUCUCAUACCUUCAUCAGCAAUCAAGCUGCUCAUACAUGAACUUUGGGUUGUUGUUUUUUUUACAAAAUACUGAAAUCAGACUGUAAUAAGAAUACUGCUUGGUACUACCAUCAUAUAACACUGAAAGUAAAUAAAGUGUCUUUGCCAGAUA